UACCAUUUAUUAUUAUUAUUUUUUUUUAAACUGUGUGCAAUGGCCAUUGGGGGGUCACGUGCCACUGCCAAUAACGAAAGCAAAAAAAAAGAAGAAGAUAACUAGCUGGCACUGCACCUGGCCCGUGGGGUAAGGAGGGGGACUCCAGCUGCUCAUGAGGGGACCUCACUUCUUGUUGCCAAGACAGAAAAUGACCUCGACCGUCAAGAGCAUUCGCCAAAAAGGACGUGCUCGAACGCAUGCAGGCAAUAGGAGAUGAGCAUCCAAGAUCCCUAUUGUAACCAGAAAACUCUUGGCGUCUCCACACGUCGUCGUUCGUCGUCGUCGUUCACUAACAACAUACACACAAAAAAGAAAAGAAAAAGACUGGCACAUUCUCCUCCCUUUUUUUCUUUUGCUGGCCUUCUCCUUUUCGUCGUCUGUUAGGUUGGGACCCCCCUCUUGUUUGGUCCCCCCAAAGGAAAAAGAGAGAGAGAGAAAAAGAGGCGGGCAAAAAGAGAAACUCGAAGCACCACACAUAGGUAGUCUGUGUGUGUGUGUGUGUUAGUACCUAGUAAAAAAAAAAAAAAAUCCGGGUCUAUAACGUUCGGACAAACUGUUGGACAGUUUUCAGUCGACUGUCGUCUCGUUCACAUUGGCUGUUCGGUUAGCUGGCGGAUUAUUUGUUCGUUUUGGCGUUCGACUCUUCUUUUAUUUUUUAUUAUUGUGUGCCUUUUGUGUGUGUGUGUGUGUGUGUGCGCGCGUUCGUCGGGCUGGAUGACGGUGGCCACAGCCAUCGACAACACUCCCAAAGCGGUGACGACCAAGAUGCUGAUUUGCAUUUCUGGCUUUGUCGUCGGGACGGCCGAGAUGGUGGUCAGUGGCGACGGGAACUACGCUUCGUCAUCCAACGGCCAAUGUCUUCUUCACGUCCGAUCACGACUCCAACAGCAGCUGUUAUCACCUCAACAACAACAACAACAACAGCAGCAAAUGACGUCCACUAAUGGGACGUGCACGGCCGCUUUGAUGAAGAAAACUCUGCCCGUUCGAGCCGGAGACGACGUUGUGAAACGCACUCGCUCCAUGAAUGUGUACGAGAUGUCGCAAGAUCUCCUGGACAAGCAGAUCGAAUUGUUGGAGCGCAAAUACGGCGGACGGGGAAGAGCCAACAAUGCGGCGCGCGUCAUCCAGCGAUCGUUCCGUCAUUAUUCGAUGCGACGCAAAUUCGCCACCAUCACGGCCAUGGCCAAAGCCGAUCAGCGUCGGCUCAGUCGCCGACUGCACAGCGAACUGAUUGAAUCGACCUGGUGCACGGGCAACGCCCUCGACACCUCCAACGGUCCGAUUUGUUCUUCUUCCGCUGCGGCCGCCGCUACGGCCGCCGACGAUUCGGUGGCACGGGCCGAGUACGUCAUCCGCACCAACUUCGCAUCGCUGGUGCGCGAACUGAACGAAGAAGGCGUGCGCAGUUCGAGCCGUUCGGUUUCGGCCGCCCGACACCAGCAGCAGCAGCAGGUGCGGAUGUCUCCGCAACAGCAUCACCACCCGCAUCACCAUCAGCAUUUUUACCAUCAUCAUCAUCAUCACAGUCAUCAUGGCAAUCAGGCGACCGCCGGCCAUUAUCAGUAUCAGCACUCGUUCGACUUGAGCCAAUACCAUCACGCGCAUUACCAGGGAGCCGGUUCGCCCCCACCGUCGGCCGUGCUGGCCAACGGCGUGGCUGCCGCUGGCCCAAUUCCAUCGGUGAGUCAUUCGCCUUACGGUAGUCACCACCACCAUCAACAAAAACAGCAACAACAACAACAACAACAACAAAACCACAGUCAGGGUCAGCAGCUGCUGGCCCAUUCGCAGCACGGCGAGUUCCGGCGCAGCGAGAGCAAAUCGUCGACCACGGGGCCGGCCAGCGGCGGCAAGCGGGUUCCGCCCGAAGUGCCGCGACGCACCAGUUCAGCCUUGUCGACCAAAUCGCCUCUGGCUGCGCCAUCUCAAGGCUCUCUGGCGGAUUCGCAUCCGAGGCAGCAGCCGCAGCAGCGCUCGCAGACGCCCGGACUGCCGGACGGCGCUCGUUCGUACCCGCCCAUGAUCGAACUGGCGGCCGCCGCCUCCUCGGCCGAGAGACGCACAUCGAACCUGUCGGCGGAGCACAGCACGAGCGAAGACUCGCUGGAGGGCGCCGGGUACAGCAACAUUUUCUGGAGUGAAAAUGGCGGAACGGGACGCGAUCAGAAUCACGCGCUAACGUCGGCAACGUCGUCGUCGUCGUCGUCGUCGUCGACGUCUCACACGCACUCGUCGCCCGUGCCUUUCCCUCCGGCGCAGUUCGAUCGGCUCAAUGGCGGGCCGGCAACGCCGCAGUCUGUCGUCGGCCCGUCGGCUACCUCUGCCUACACGACGACGGGCAGCAGCAGCAGCCAACCGACGACGCCGGCCCAGGCCAAAGUGCUGGAGAGCAUCCGCAAGCGGCAGUACCGGGUCGGUUUGAAUUUGUUCAACAAGAAACCGGAACGCGGCGUUGCCUAUUUGACGCAAAAGGGUUUCCUGGAGGCGAGUCCGCGCGCCGUUGCCAAAUUCUUCAUUUCGCGCAAGGGCGUCAGCAAGCAAAUGAUUGGCGAGUACCUGGGCAAUUUGCAGAACUCGUUCAACAUGGCCGCCCUCGACUUCUUCAUCGAGGAGCUCGACUUUGCCGGACUGGACGUGGACGUUGCCCUGCGCCGAUUCCAGACCUACUUCCGCAUGCCGGGCGAAGCGCAGAAGAUCGAGCGGCUGAUGGAAGUGUUUGGCCAGCGCUACUGCCAGUGCAAUCCGCAAGUCGUGGCCCGGCUGCGCAACCCCGACACGGUCUUUAUUCUUGCCUUUGCCGUCAUCAUGCUCAACACGGAUCUCCACACGCCCAGCAUCAAAGCUGACAAGCGGAUGAAGUUGGAGGAUUUCAUCAAGAAUUUGAGGGGGAUCGAUGAAGGUGCUAACGUUGACCAGGAAAUGCUGGUGGGUAUUUACGAGCGGGUCAAGGCGGCCGAGUUCAAGCCGGGCGCCGAUCACGUCACUCAGGUCUUGAAAGUGCAGCAGAGCAUCGUCGGCAAGAAGCCGAAUUUGGUGCUACCUCACCGCCGCCUCGUCUGCUAUUGCCGCCUCUACGAAGUGGCCGACGCCGGCCGGCGGGAGCGGCCCGGACUGCACCAGCGCGAGGUGUUCCUCUUCAACGACAUUCUCGUCGUCACCAAGAUCUUCAGCAAAAAGAAGAACGGCGUCACCUAUUCGUUCCGCCAGAGUUUCCAACUGGCCGGCCUCAACGUGUCCUACUUCGAAUCCCAUCAUUACCCGUUUGGAAUACGGUUAUCGCAGCGGGUGGACGGACGCACGCUCAUCAUGUUUAACGCCCGUAACGACCACGACCGCGCCAAAUUCUGCGAAGACUUGCGCGAGGCCAUUUUGGAGAUGGACGAGAUGGAGAAUUUGAGGAUCGAAGGUGAGCUGGACAAGCAGCGGUCGGCGGCGAGGAUCAGCCGGGCGCCGACGACGCCGACGUCGCAUCAGCCACCGACCCCGACCUUGUUGACGGCCAACGGAGGCGGUGUAGCCAACACGUCGCUCUUGGCUUCCGGCCGGGACAACAGAGACAGCGGAGUGGCCGACAUGGACCACAACGGGUCUGUCACGACGCUGGAAGAGACGUGCACGCCCAUGGCGAGGCGGACGAGUAACGGCGCUGGCGGCCACCAGCGCUCGGUGAUUAUUCGGGACGCGGCCGGCCGCAGCGAAGCCACUCUGAAGCGGACGACGUUGAGCAAUUCGCUGCUGGACAUUCACGAUCCGGUGGAACGAUACCAGCGCCGGGGCAGCGUCGGUUCGCUGGAUUCCGGCAUGUCCAUCUCGUUCCAGUCAUCGACGACCAACAGCACGAUGAGCCGCGACUCGUCGCCCAAGAACCUGCAGCACCAGCCGGCCGUCUCGGCCGCCAUGGCGACGGCCAAAGUGCGCGGGCUGCAGCAUCAGUCUUCCUUUUUGGGCAACAUCUUUCACAAGGCCCGCGAGCGCAAGAAUUCACGCGGGUCGGACUGCGCGGCCGCAGCCGCCAACGUCAGCGUCACGCUCGGGACUGCAACGCCGGCCAAACAGCCACCCGUGCAGCCAACCAAUGGCAGUUAUCCGACGCCUCACUGCACCGAUGUCUAGUUUUUAUCAACUAGACCCAAUAUGGUGGCAGCUUUAUCUUUCACGCUCUUACGUUUUUGUGCUCCCCUUCACGCUGUCUGUCCUGUUUCUUGUCAUCAUCAUCUUUUCUUUUUUUAUUCUUCUUUAAACCUCCCCCCACCCACCCCCCCCAAAAAAUGUAAUAAUUAUAGUAGAUUAACGAAUUAUCAAGUUCUUCUUCUUUCUCUGUCUCUCUCUCUCUCUCUCUCUCUCUCUUCUUUUUCCCUUUUCAUUCGCGCCAACAAACAAAAGAAAUGCUUUAGCCGAUAUCAAAUUCCAUGCCCAUCAAAAACAAAAACAAAACCGACGCAAUCCAGCAGCGGCUUUCUUGUCCAAAGAGAUUUGCUCGGUAUGUUUUUUUGUGUGUUGCGCCGGAACUAGUCACAACGGGGGAGAGGGGAAGAAAAUGAGCAAAAACACUUGGAAAUAAGAAAGAAAAGAAAUCAAAUGUUUCACCAAAAGAUGUUAGAUGCAAACCACACAACACACAUCACAGACAGCCUAACCUGAUGAUGAUGGAAACAUUUCUCUUCUUUACAUGUUUUUAAAAAUUAUUAUUAUCAUUUUUUUUUUUUGUUUCUCUCUUUCAUGUGUGUCUCGUUCUAGAACGUCUAGUCGCUCCUACCCCCGACAUCCUCGAUUGAAUGAUUAACAAACAAAAAGAUAAUUCAUCUAGUGAUUAACCCACACAUAUAUUCUAUCACAAUUCUAUUAUUCUAUGUAAAACAACAUUUUCGCAUCAGCUAUAACGUGAAAAUUAUUUGCAAAAAAAAAAUUACAAAAAAAAAAUAAUUCAUUGAACGAAUAAUACCAGGAAACGAUGCAUUUUUUGUCCUUCUCGGCCGCAGUUCCAAAAAUUGAUUGUAAUUAAAUGAAAGGAUGAUUAUUAUUAUUAAAAAAACAAAAAAAACAAAAUGAAAGGCAGCCAUUUUCUAUAUGCGUCAUGAUGUAUCUCGUUUUGUGUGUGUAUUCUUUCCCCUUUAAAUUUUAUUUAUUAUUUUUUUUUUUCUUUCUUCAUUUCCUACGUGUACAUUUUGCGAGAGGAGGUCGAAUCUUUUGUGUGUUUUUUUCCCUCCGUUUCGCUCAUCUUCUUGCUCGUUCGGUUGGGGGGGGGGGGUAGUUGUCACUUUCUCUUUGCCAUGCCUUCGAUCAGCCUGACGAAGAAAGAAAUACGAAUCGAAACGUAGCGAUCCCCUUUCUCUUGUGUUUACUCUUCUUUUAUUUCCGGUUUCUCUUCCCCGUGCUACCACUUCUAUACUACACUACACUAUACAUGGAAUAAAGUACAACAAAUAUCUAUUUACCAUCAACUAGCUUCAAACAAUGACUGUGACUUGUUUCAAUUUUGAAAGAAAGAAAGAGGGUAGGGGGAGGUAAUUCUUCAAUCGUAUCGUCGAUAAAAUGUAUGUCGUUUUUCUUCUUCUUCUUCUCGGAUUUCUAAUGAACGAUCGGGUCACGCCAACGCCCUGCAUGCGUCCUCAUGUGUGUCGUUGGACCUUUUUGCUGCUGCCCUCUCUCGUUCUUUUUAAUUGAUGUAAAUUUCCCACUCCCGUCUCCCUCUUCUCUUUAACACCACGUUGAGGAUGCAGUGCCGCAACGCCGUCAUCUCCCGUUCUCUUCCUUUUUUUUGUUUGUGUGUGUGUGUGUUUGUCGUGUCGUGCGUGUGAGUGUGUGUGUGUGCGCGCGUUGGGAUUUUAUUUUAAGUCUCCCGUGUAAAAUUUGUUUUUUUUUCUUUUCAACCCCCUCCCCCUUCUUCCGUUCGCCAUUUUUUUUUGUUCCAUGCCCCUUUAUCGAUUUGUUUUAUAUCCGUCAUUUCAAUCCUUAUUUCCCUCCUUCUUCAUUUCUUUUUGUACCUAGUAUGUGGUCGAGUUCGAUUAAUAUAUAUAUAUAUAUAUACA